AUGGCCGAAGCCGCCCGCAGCAGCCAGCAGACGCAGUGUCCAUCUGCAGCGGACUUCAUCUUCUUGGAUGAACGUGGUCUCGAGCUUGCUCAACCUCGCGAUUACUCAGAUUACUUUGUGAGCGUGAACCAAACUGGAGCAGACGCCCCGCGCGAGAUAACCUUUGACAGCGACGCGCAUCUGCUCAGCGGCAAGAGUGUGUCUUUGGAAGUGGAGGCGGAUGCAUCCAUUGAGUCAUUGAAGCAAUGUGCCCAGAGUGCCCUGGCCGUGGGUAGAGGAAGGCUGCUGAAUUCUUUAAUGCUGCGCAUCAAGAGACUUUCCGGGGAAGAGGUGACAAGUGUUCAUCUCUCGGAGUUGAGUGACGUGAAGGCGUUGAAGCAGCGACUGCAUCAGCAGCACGGCUUGCCACCACGCUUCAGGUAA